AUGAUGUCCCAACAUCUAUCGAGCAUGUUCGAGCAGCUCGGCAACUUUACAAAGAACAAUUUGACGCAUAACAGUAAGUCUGUGAAGGAGAAGGACAAUAAGGCCAAUGCAAAUCAUGUCGUUGGGAGCCAAACCAAUCAACAGCCAUCUCCUAAACACGGCCAACCUCCUCCACCGCUGAAAAAGCCCUGCAAGUUAAGAAACGUCACAUCGAAAGCUGAAUCCUAUGAUACCUUGUUCGGGAACAGCACACUGAAAGCUGCAGUACGCAUCUCUAAC